AUGCUCAACGCUGGGUAUCAAAUCAUUCUAGUCACCUUUGUACGGGUUGCUGCUGCCGUCUAUGGACAACCGGAAUUCAGUGAUUGGCACUGCGGUAGUAGCGAAUUCACCAGAAGAAUGUCCUACGAAAGCGUUGGCGAAAGCUGUAGCGAACUGAUGUAUAACUCGAGCUUUUCCUUCAAUGUUUCUCUAUCUAUGCGAUUGAAAAUUACACCGUUGUUUGCUCGCUUAAGCUACAAUCAUACUUCUGGCACCUUGCCAGUAAAUCAUUGCUGUGUUGUACAUGACGACUGCUAUGCUUUACAGCUUGGACAAGAGAAGUGCGACGAGGAUUUCUGUGAAUGCAAUCGCCUUGCAACGAUCACUAGAAACGACUGCAAGGAUCUACUAGAGGCCACCUGUUCGCUUGUCCAACUAUUCGGCUUUGGUCCCUAUCACAAUAGUAUCAAUUACACUGAACCAGCCGAUCUAAUGAAGUAUACGGUAAAUGCAGAUAGCCUAAGGAUGCCAUACACAAACUUGUACGCACACUGCCCAAAAGUUAAUGGUAUGUCACUAAUGUUCUACUUGGCUUAA